ACAUCCUCCCACCCUGCUCCUCUUCCUCCCUGUUCCCAGGGAAGAGCUUCCAGCAAACUGAGCUGCUGCUCACUCUGGUCUGUCUUGACCUCCUGCACCGAGGAGGCAGGAUGCAACCCGAAUUUUGGCUGGGGAUCAGCACCCUGGCAGCAGUGCUGAGCACAGCCCUGCUGGAGAAUGGAGUCUGUCGGGCACCAGAUGGCAAGGAUGGCUUCCCUGGAGUCCCUGGCCGUGAUGGGAGGCCAGGGCAGAAGGGUGACAUGGGAGAGCCAGGGAAACCAGCGCCAAGGACGGGCAUCCAGGGACCCAAAGGGGAUGCAGGUGAACCCGGCCCUCCUGGCAUUCCAGGGAACCGCGGCCUCCCUGGCCUCCCUGGUGUCAUUGGGAUGCCAGGGCUGCCAGGGCUCAAGGGGGAGAAGGGGGUACCCGGUAAUACCCUGGAGCAGCCACGCCCUGCCUUCUCUGCCUCGCGGAGGUCCCCGCCAUCCAUGGGCAGGACGGUGGUGUUUGACAACAUCAUCACCAACGAGGAGAACUCCUACAGCCCCCAGACGGGGCAGUUCACCUGCCGCAUCCCCGGGCUCUACUACUUCGCCUACCAGGUGGUCUCCAGCGGGGACCUGUGCCUGAGCAUCACCAAGAACAGGGAGAACGUCGUCAGCUUCUGCGACAACAACAGUGUCGGCAUCCUGCAGGUGAACUCGGGCAGCAGCGUCCUCAGCCUGGCCCCGGGCGACCAGGUGUCCGUGACCACCAACCCCGUCCUGGGCAGCUCAAUCUACAGCGGCUCCGAGGCAGACAGCGUCUUCAGCGGCUUCAUGCUCUUCCCACAGACAGGCUGAGGGGCCCCCAGGGCAUCCCGGGGUGUCUGUCUGCGUGGGUGAUCCCCCGGUGGGUGUGGGAUGGUUUAGUGCCACAGCACGCCGGGAUGGCCCCAAACUGAGCGUGCAGAUGGGUCCUGUGCUUCCACCAGUGUCACAACUGGCCAGGCCGUGGGUCCCCAGCGCAGCAGUCACCUCUGUGCUGAGCCUGCCCACUCCAUCCUGGAGGCAGUGGACUCUCAUCCCUUUCUCCACCUGGGCAUUCAUACCUCACUCCAGUGGGUCCCAGUUGUCACUGGCUGUGGCUCUUUGCUCCUGGGUGGGAAAUCGCUGCCUGCCACUGCUUCUGCUACACUAACCACUGUAAAUGCCUUCCUGGCACUGGCACACAUUCUCUCACAUCCUCCCCAUCAGUAUAAAUAAACCCUUCUUUCACCAUA